AAAAACGGAAAAGGAAACUCACAAAGGCAACCUUUGAAUUUCGGAUUCUCUCGUAUCUCAUCGCCUUUAGCGACAGAUUUUUCUCAGUUUUCCGGAUCGGAAUCUCAGCAAGAACACUCAGCUUACUCUCUCUCUCUCUCUCUGUUAAGCGAUCGUUGAAAUGGCGUCGUUGACUCCAGACGUUACCCGUAAAUCGAGGGCCGGAAUGUCACCGUCUCCGGCGCCGUUCUACACCCCCAGACCAGAAAGGCGACGACCUGACUCGAGAGGAUCGGAGAACAAUCGGUUUGACAAAGACAGAGAGGUUAACGUCCAGGUUAUCCUCAGAUGCAGACCAUUAGAUGAGAGUGAGCUGAAGCUAAAUGUCCCGAGGGUCAUAACUUGUAACGAGAAUCGAAGGGAAGUCACUGUCUCUCAAAAUGUAGCUAACAAGCAACUAGAUCGGGUUUUCACCUUUGACAAGGUCUUUGGUCCCAAGGCUCAACAGAGAUCAAUAUAUGAUCAAGCUAUUUCCCCCAUUGUUAAUGAAGUUCUUGAGGGCUAUAAUUGCACCGUGUUUGCAUACGGACAGACAGGUACAGGCAAAACAUAUACGAUGGAGGGAGGAACGAUGAAUAAGGUUGGAGAAUUGCCUGUUGAAGCAGGUGUUAUUCCAAGAGCAGUUCGCCAAAUCUUUGAUACACUUGAAGCACAAAAUGCUGACUAUAGCAUGAAAGUAACAUUUCUGGAACUAUAUAAUGAAGAAAUAACUGAUCUGCUGGCUUCAGAAGAGCCAUCAAAAUAUUUAGAAGAUAAGCAAAAGAAAUCUGUCUCUUUGUUGGAGGAUGGAAAAGGUUGUGUUAUUGUAAGAGGACUUGAAGAAGAAGUCGUGUACAGUGCUAAUGACAUUUACAAUCUUUUGGAACGAGGGGCUGCUAAAAGGCGCACUGCAGACACCCUAUUAAACAAGCAUAGCAGCCGUUCUCAUUCUAUAUUUAGCAUAACUGUUCAUGUAAAAGAAACAUCUAUUGGUGAUGAGGAGCUUGUAAAGUGUGGCAAGUUAAACCUUGUUGAUUUGGCAGGAUCAGAAAAUAUAUCUCGUUCAGGUGCCAGGGAGGGUCGUGCAAGAGAAGCUGGAGAGAUAAACAAAAGUUUACUUACCUUGGGCCGUGUCAUAUAUGCAUUGGUUGAGCAUUCAGCUCACAUUCCUUACAGGGACAGUAAGCUUACAAGGCUUUUGCGGGACUCUUUAGGAGGAAAAACAAAAACUUGUAUCAUUGCGACAAUUUCACCAUCUGCUAAUUGUCUGGAAGAAACCUUAAGCACAUUGGACUAUGCAUACCGUGCUAAAAACAUUAAAAAUAAGCCAGAGGUAAACCAAAAGAUGUCCAAAACCAUGCUGCUUAAAGAUCUGUACCAGGAAAUAGAAAGGAUGAAACAAGAUGUUCGAGCUGCAAGGGAGAAGAAUGGGGUUUAUAUUCCACAUGAAAGAUUUUUGCAGGAUGAAGCUGAAAAGAAGGCAAAGAAUGGGAAGAUUGAGCAGUUGGAGAAUGAUCUGGAUGUUAGUGAGAAGCAAGUUGAUAAAUUCCGUGAGCUUUAUUAUACUGAACAAGAAGAGAAGUUGAGCUUCAAAAGUGAACUGAAGGACUGCAAGAUAAAUCUAGAAAAGAGUAACAGUGCUUUGCAAGAUCUUCAAGAGAAUUACUAUAUUGCUGUUUCAACACUCAAGGAAAAGGAUGUUACUAUAACCAAACUGUUACAUUCAGAAAAUCGUCUUAUUGGAUGUGCAAAGGAGCUAAGGGAAAGUUUGCACAAUGCAUCAAAUGAUGUAACUUCCCUCUUUGCAAGAUUAGAUGAGAAAGAUAGUUUGGAAGAAAAAAAUCGAAGUUUGCUCCGAGCAUUUGGUUCACAACUAGAUGAAAGCUUAAAGGACCUGCAAAAAAUCAUCCUGGGGUCAGUUUCCCAACAGCAGCAGCAAAUGAUAUUCAUGGAUGAGUACAUCAGCUCAUUUCUUGCUAGUAAAUGCAAUGUGACUAAGGUCAUGGAAUCAAAGAUCGCAAAAAUGAUGGAGAUGCAUGCUUCGGGAAUUGCAGAACUGAAAGUAAUUGUUGACACACUACAACAGAGAUCUUCUUCAGACCUGGAACAAAUGAAAUCAAAUAUAUCAUCUCAAGCUACUACACUUGAAGAUUUUAUCCUAAUUGCUUCCAUGGAGGCAAAGGAUGUUAUAAGCGAUAUGCAGAACUUUCUCAAUGAUCAAAGACAAAUCCUUGCAUUCUCUGCUCAACAACAGCGAGAGGGACUGCAUCGAAGUAUGCUUUCAGCACAGACAAUUUCACAGGCAACAGCCAACUUCUUUGAUGACCUCCAUCAACGUGCCUCGGAACUCAUGACAUUUCUUGAAGAUAGCAAAAUUGAUAAGAUUGACCAGUUACAAAAAUUUGAGAAGUCAUUCAAGGAAGAGGCUCUUAAAGAAGAAAAGGCAGCUGCAGAAAAAAUUGGUGCAAUACUGGCAGCUCUAACUGCAAAGAAAACCGUCAUGGUGUCAGAAAUGUCAAGAAACAUUCAGAACUCAAGUGUGGAAGAGAAUAAGAGAUUGCAUCAAGAGUUGUCCGGUUUCCAGCAAGUCUCAGUAAAUGCAAAGAAAGAAUUGAAUGGAUACGUAGAAAAGGUGAAAAACAAUUUCGUGGAAGACACAUUUGCAUCAGCAGAAAGUAGAGUGACAUUGGACAACUGUCUGCAAGAGUGCACAAACAAAGUUGAUCACUUUAAUCAACAAUGGGAGAACACCACGCUUGGAGUUAAUAAGCUCACCAAGGAUAGUCUCGCAGAGACAGAAUCUGUUGUGCAGACAAAAACUGCUGCAUUACAUGGUGCGCACGAGGAAUUCAUCUCCGCAUCCUCAUCAAUGCAUGCAACAUUUAACCAGUGUAGCCAUGAUUUGCUGACUUCAGUUAAUGAUUCUCUGAUGAAGGACAGGGAAAGUAAGAAGGAAAUCAAUUCAAUGUCUACCACAUGCUCAACUCAACUUAACUCAAUGCAACAAACCCAUGGUGAAUUCUUAUCAAAUAUCCAGAAUAGAACAGAGCAGUGCCUUCAAAAUGUCUGCAAGGCUGAUCAAAAUGCUGAUAGGACUCCAAAGAAACGCGAGAUACGAAUUCCCAGCAUUGCAUCCAUUGAGGAAAUGGCAACACCAAUCUCCGAGAUCAACUUAGAAAACCGAUCAAAACAGAGUGGUGCUAAUGGCAAGAUUCAACAGGAUCUGAAGGGUGCUUCACCAAACAGAACUCCAUUCACAAAUGUCAAUUGAUUUAGGGGCUGUGGAGUCAGAUAUCUGGGAGUUAGAUUAAGGGGGACAUGUACCAUUUCAGUACCCCCAUCAUCCAUAGAAGAAGUUGCACUCAUUUACUGAUGAGUGGCAUAGUACUUCUUACUCUAGAUUCAUAAUACUGUGAAAGCUGUUUUGACAAUAUUAUAUGUACUCUUUAGCUAAUGUAAAAGUAGAUUUAUUUCCAUCA